CCUGGUGCUGCUUGUGUGCUCGUUCGGUGCGGACCUGGUACCUCUUUUGUGAAGCGGCAGCUGAGGAGACUUCAGCGCUCGCCAUGGCCGACGAAAAGCCCAAGGAAGGAGUCAAGACUGAGAACAACGAUCAUAUUAAUUUGAAGGUGGCGGGGCAGGAUGGUUCUGUGGUGCAGUUUAAGAUUAAGAGGCAUACACCACUUAGUAAACUAAUGAAAGCCUAUUGUGAACGACAGGGUUUGUCAAUGAGGCAGAUCAGAUUCCGAUUUGAUGGGCAGCCAAUCAACGAAACAGUCACACCUGCACAGUUGGAAAUGGAGGAUGAAGAUACUGUGUUCCAGCAGCAGACAGGAGGUGUCUACUAAAAAGGGAACCUGCUACUUUACUCCAGAACUCUGUUCCUCCAGACCAAGAAGACAUUCUCAAUUAGAAAGCCGCAAUUUGGUUCCACCACAUCCUGACUACUACAGUAUAGUUUUCUCUAUUCUUUCAUUUUCCCCUUCCCCAUUCCUUUAUUGUACAUAAAGUAACUGUGUAUGUGCACAAGCAUAUUGCAUUUUUUUUUAACUAAAUGGCCAAUGGUAUGUUUUGAUCGACAUCAAAUGGAGAUGGGAUGGGG